AUGGGACCUCACUGGCAGGUUGCACCCUUAGCAACAGGCUCGCUGGCCCUGUUACUAGCCGCGAUAAGUAGCAUACCUGCUGCCAAAAGCAUCGUCGGUCGAGUCGCGCGCAAAGCACCACCGGAAGAUGAGCCGUUUUUAGCCAAGACGGUUUAUCGCGACGAGGACGGCGAGGCGACCGAGGGAUCUCUUCGCGCCUUUUCGGACAAAUGGCAAAGGGUCGCUAUCGCGGUGUUAUCUAUCGCUGGACUGUUAUUGACGCUUGCCUUGGCUGUUGUCACAAUCAUCCACCACGGUGCUAAUGACACUGGUUUAAUAUGGCUGCAAUUCGGCGUCUGGAGUCUACUCUCGCUUCAGGCCGUCGCGUUCUUUGCUGAACCACGACCAACGACCCGCUUCGUGCUGGGCCAUUUUGCAUUCUGGGGUAGCGCCAUUGCGAUCACGCUUCCUUUUAUUCAAGUACAGGCGGCAUGGAAUUCGCAAAGCACUCUUGUCCAAAACCAGACCUGGGUUGGCUUGACCAUUUCGCAGGUUGUCAGUGCACUGCUACGCGGACUGUGUUGCGUGCUCCUGCCGCGCCGACCCCAUGUAUAUCACGAUGGCAAGGUCGUUGAUAGCCAGUGGACAGUUUCCAUCCUUGGCCGUCUCACAUUCAGUUGGGCCAAUGACCUACUGAACUACGUAGUCAAAAAACAGACAGUCGAACUUGAUGAUAUUCCUAGCCUCGAGGCUUCCAAACGCACGGAUCGUCUCCGCGAGAAGUUCGAACGGGUCAGAGGCUCUCGAAAGCUGUGGACAGCAAUCUUCGUCGCCCAUCGCGAAUCCUUUAUUUUCCAGGCCACUCUGACGCUGAUUGUCUGCGUUUUGGGCUUCGGCCCGCAGGUAGCCUUGCUCAAGAUUUUGAGUUCCUUGGAGGCCCGUGGGACCGAUUCCUGGAAUGCACUGCAGACUUGGGUUUGGGUGGCAGGCUUGGGAGGCAUAAUGUUGCUUGCUUCUAACAUCGAGAGCUGGCUUUUCUGGGGAAUGUAUUCGAAACUCGGGAUUCCCGUCUAUGCGGAGCUAUCGGCUGUGAUCUUCGCGAAAUCCAUGCGCCGUAAGGACGCGAAAUAUGUCAAAAAGGCCAAGGACCCCAGUAGUCCCGAUUCUGCAGCAAAAGCGCUCUUGGAGGAUCAAGGCGACAACAAGCCUGAGGACGACGAGGAGGAGGCUUUGAAACAGAGUCGCCAGAGCACGAUUAACCUGGCUGCGGUGGAUGCGCGACGAAUUGCAGACCUCGCAGCGAAUUUCAAUCUUUUCCCCAUGGCAGGUGCCAGGGUCGUGAUCGGCUGCGGCUUUCUGGUCAAUGUUCUCGGAUGGCGCAGUGCCCUCGCCGGCAUGGCAGUGUCUGUUCUCGUGACGCCGUUGAAUUACUAUGUAGCGGGCAAGUUCGUCAAGUCCCAAGGCCGACUUAUGAAAUUCCGAGACCAGAAGAUGGCCAUCAUCACCGAGGUGCUCCAGGGUAUUCGGCAGGUCAAAUUCUCUGCGCUGGAACAACAGUGGCAGGACCGCAUUUCCGGGGUACGGGAGACCGAACUUGGUGCCCUGUGGGUCUUAUUCCUUUAUGAUAUCUGUCUGAUCUCCAUUUGGAUCCUUGGCCCUGUUGGUCUGUCUGCAGUGGCAUUGACGGUUUAUGCCUUGAUCCAUGGCGGCUUGUCUGCCUCGGUGGCCUUCACAGCUAUGGCGGUCUUUGGCUCGCUGGAAAUGUCUCUCGCUAUCUUGCCGGAACUUUUCUCAUUUGCUUUGGAGGCUAAGGUCAGCGCAGAGCGCAUUGACGAGUACUUGGCGUCGCCGGAUAAGGUUGCCAACACCCUCCCUGCGGAUCAUAUUGCGUUCGAGAACGCCUCUGUGACUUGGCCAGUGAACCGGUCGGAAUAUGUCGAGGUCGAUGAAGACACUUUUAUCCUACAGGAUCUGAACCUGAGCUUUCCUCCCAAGGGCCUCAGUGUGAUAUCUGGCCGAACAGGUUCGGGCAAAAGCCUGCUUCUGGCGUCUGUCCUUGGUGAAUGCGAAGUGUUGAGUGGGACUGUCAAGGUGCCUGUUCCACCUCCCAUUAGUGAUCGCUAUGAUCAUCUGGCCACCAGCGCCAACUGGACCAUUGACUCGGCCAUUGCCUAUGUUGCCCAGAUCCCUUGGAUUGAGAAUGCUGCUAUCAAGGAUAACAUCCUGUUCGGACUGCCCUACAACGCGGAGCGGUAUAAGAAGGUCCUCUUUGCUUGUGCAUUGGAAAAGGAUCUUGAAAUGCUGCCCGAUGGCGAGCUGACUGACAUCGGCGCCAAUGGAGUCAAUCUGAGUGGUGGCCAGCGAUGGCGUAUAUCCUUUGCGCGUGCCUUGUACUCGAGGGCCGGCAUCCUUGUCAUGGAUGACAUAUUUAGCGCCCUGGAUGCUCACACAGGACGUCAUGUCUACGAACAUGCCCUGACUGGAGACCUUGGACAGAACCGAACCCGUGUCCUGGUCACCCAUCAUGUCGGACUCUGUCUUCCGCGUACAGACUACUCCGUGCUUCUGGGGAAUGGUUGUGUCAAGUAUGCGGGCACCAUAGACGAGCUCAUGAAGGCGAACCAUCUGGAAGAUAUUCUUCAAGAGGAACAUGCCACCGAGGAGACGGGUCAAGCUUCAGCUGAUGGAGAGAGCAAAAUUUUGAACGACGGAGAGAGUACCCUCCAAAAGGUCAUCUCGAAUACAUCGCACCAGCGGCCCAACACGAGUCCGAAUGAAAAUGAAAACACGGAAAAUGCUGGGUCGGCGCCCAAAAAGUUCGUCGAGGAGGAAAAGCGAGAGAAGGGCUCUAUUCAGCUCUCAGUCUACACGGCUUACUUGUCAAAAGGCGGCCAUUGGACCUUUUGGUUGGUUGGGAUCCUGGUCUACCUUACAUAUUCAAGUCUUAUGGUUGGACGUGCUUGGUGGAUCAAUAUCUGGACCAGCUCUGGGGCCAGCACUCAGCCGCAUACCGAACAGUACCAGGCGCUGCUACAGCAUCCGAUGAAGCGAUCUAUGGCGCCCCCAGAAGACAACAAGCUCUUCAUGUACAUUGGAAUCUACGUCGGUAUCUCAGUCGCGGCAUGUAUUAUUGGAACAGUGCGUUACUAUUUAAUUCUGUCUGCAGCAGUGCGGGCAUCGAGGAACCUGUUCAAAAAUUUGAUGUAUGCCGUCCUCCGCGCUCCACUCCGAUGGCUUGACACCGUCCCAUUGGGGCGAAUUCUUAACCGGUUCACGGCCGAUUUCCACACGACUGAUGGCCGGAUUGGGUAUGACAUUGGGUUCUUUGCUUCCAAAGUCCUCGAGCUUCUUGGAAUCAUGGUUGCUGGCAUCAUGGUCUCUCCAGUGGUUAUUGCCAUUGCAGUCGUAGUGCUCGCGAUAUGCACAAAGCUGUCUACAUGGUAUUUGGCGGGUGCCCGUGAGAUCAAACGGCUCGAAAGCACGGCCAAAAGCCCCGUCUUCGAGCAGAUUGGCUCGGGUCUCACUGGCUUGGUCACGAUCCGCGCGUUCAGCAAGAGCGACACCUACAUCGGGAUCAUCUAUAACAAGAUCAACCGACAUGCCGAAGCUUGGUGGAAUCUGGGGUUGUUCAACCGCUGGCUUGGGUUCCGCAUGAAUGUCAUCGGCGCUGUUUUCUCGACUCUGACGGCCGCCCUGGUCGUCUACGCCCCGGGGAUCACGGCUUCGCUCGCAGGUUUUGCUCUUAGUUUCGCUCUCCAGUACAACUCGGUGGUUGCGAUUGCUCUGCGCCAGUACGCGGAUAUUGAACUGAACAUGAACGCCAUUGAACGCGUGCUUGAAUACUCGAAUAUCGAAACCGAGAGUCAGAGCGGCACUGCAGCCCCAGCUGCCUGGCCUACAGAGGGUCGCUUGGAAGUCCAGGACCUGGUGGUUGGCUACGCUCCCGACCUUCCCCCCGUGCUGAACGGCCUCAGCUUCGCAGUCGAGAAGAACCAGCGAGUCGGCGUGGUGGGCCGUACAGGCGCCGGUAAAUCGUCGCUGACUCUGGCCCUAUUUCGGUUCCUCGAGGCCCGGGAGGGCCAGAUCCUGAUCGACGGGGUAGACGUAUCCAAAAUAAAACUCCAUGACCUGCGCAGCCGACUCGCGAUUAUCCCGCAAGACCCCGUCCUCUUCUCCGGAACGGUGCGCUCGAACCUAGACUCGUUCAACCAAUACAGCGACACCGAGCUCUACGAUGCGCUCGCACGCGUGCACCUAAUCCAAGAUACAACCAACGACAACGACUCCGAAACCCUCACUUCGCAAGCGGCCACGCCGCGCAUCCCCGGCGGCACAGGCGCCACGACGCCCGACACCGCAACGGCCAAAGCAAACACCAAUGCCUUCACGUCCCUGGCCGCGCCCAUCUCCGAGGGCGGGCUCAACCUCUCGCAGGGCCAGCGCCAGCUGCUGUGUCUGGCCCGCGCCAUCGUCUCGCGGCCCAAGAUGAUGAUCUUGGACGAGGCCACCUCCGCCGUCGACAUGGAGACGGAUGCUCUAAUCCAGCAGUCCAUCCGCGCUGAGUUCGGCCGCAAUGCUAGCACCCUGCUGGUUAUUGCGCACCGGCUUAGCACUAUUGCGGACUUUGAUCGUAUCCUUGUUAUGGAUGCUGGCCGGGCUGCGGAGUUCGGGACGCCGAGGGAGUUGAUGGGGAUUGAGGGCGGCGUGUUUAGGAAUCUGGUGGAGAACAGUGGGGAGAAGGAGGUGUUGCACAAGAUGAUUUUCGAAUAA